GUUUUGCCAGCACAUGGGCGUGGUUAUAGAGCUCCACACAAAGAGGGAGCCCAGUGAGAAACUCCCAGCCCAACAUGACAUGGCAGGGAGAAUAGCAUAGAAAGGAAGUGAGGGAUGGAUUUAUUCAGGAGGAGAAUGACAUCUGGCAAUAAGUGAGGUCGAAGAUGGAAACAAAACAGGAAAGGGAAACAGGCAGGAGCAGUCCAGACCCAUCUCCAAGGAAGCUGAUCCGACGAGCCGCCACAUGGGAAAUAUCAGACUCCGACAAUGAAGAAGAGACAAAUAAACCCCAAACAGAGUCCCGGAAAGGACCCAUAGUGAAUAUAGAAGCAACAGAUCAAUUAUUAGGUGUCCAGAAAGACCCAGCACAACAGCCUGAUGUUGAAGAAAAAACUAAAAAUCUUGUCCUUCCUCCUCCCACUUCAACCACCCCAAGUCCAACCAGAAGGUCCCGAAAGAAAAAGACCCCAGAACAAGUGGCAGCUGAACAGGAGCAAGCCGAAGAAAAGAAACGACAGCGGGAGCUAAAGAGGCAAGAGAAAGCCCAAAAGAAAGAACUGGAGAAGAUAGAAAGAGAGAGACGGAAGGAAACCAACUUGGCUUUGAAGCUCCUGAGACCAGACCAGUGUGGGAAGUACAUGGUGGUCAAGGUUGAUGCAGGUCUGCUUGAAGAUGCAGGAUCAGAAGAUGUACUGGAAGCCCUGAGAGUGGCAGAGUAUAAUUAUUCUAUUGAGCCCCACUCCGUGCCACAGAGCAUCAGCUGGAGAAGGGAAAUGCCUGCUGACUGGACCUGUAUAGAGGGAAUGGACAUGAAAGAGGAAGAAGAGGAUCAGUUGCUGGUUUUGGUGGAGCCAAAGAGUUAUUUAAGUAGCGUACGCACUUAUGCGCAGGCUCCAUAUUAUUUCUGUGUUGGCAAUGAGAUGGAGGAAAUACCUGGGUCUGUGUUUUCGAUUCCUGCAAAGAACCCACACAAGAAAGUUACCCUGGUAAUUAUAGGACUGCAAGAAUAUCGAUGGUGUGAGAGGCUCUCCCGCCAGAUACAGAGACAGUCAUUGGAUGCUGCGGAGGGCCGUGACUCUAAUAAGGACCAGUCAGCUACUCGUGCAACUCGGCAGCAGAUACAGGAGGCCCUUGUCUUCCUACAGCUCCAUUACAAUACAGAAGUGUUAUGCUUGGACACGUGGAAAGAGCUGGGCCAACAUGUAUGUGCAGUGACAAAGAGUAUAGCCCAGCGGCCUUUCAGGAAGCACUGGGAAGCUCAGACCUUCUCAUUUUGUACCUCGGCUGGAAGCUGGAGAGGGUGGGGACCCCGUGGAGUGCUCACCGGUUUGCCCCUGACAUGGAGGAGACAAAUCCAGCAGCUUAACAGAGUUAGUCCAGCAAUGGCUGCGGUGGUGAGCCAGGCCUACCCAUCUCCUCAGCUUCUCAUGCAGGCUUAUUCUGCAUGUGGUUCAGACCGUGAGAGAAUGUCCCUGCUCACCGACUUACGGAUCCCACAAGACAAUAACACUGGUGUCACACAGAAGGCGGAAGACCCUAGAGAGGUAGCCGAUAUUGCCCAAGAGGGUGACCAAGUCCCCGGUCGAGAGAGACGCAUUGGCCCUGAUUUAUCGCGAAGGAUCUGGCUUUUAAUGACAUCCAAAAACCCAGAACUGGUACUGGAUUUGAACUCAUAAGCUGUGAGAUACCCUGUCUCAUGUAGGCACUCAGUACAGUGCUGAUCUAUGUGGGUCCAUUCCAUACCUCCGGGAAACAUUCAUUGUGGCUCAGCAUAAUAACUCCAGUUUUGCCAUAAUAUUUGGGACCUUUAAAGUGAUAGUGACACUUUCCACAUUUAUCAGGAACAUGUCACUAUGACUUUAAUAAGCUCUAUAAAGAGAAACUUAAGUCUAGCCAUUGCACCCCUGCUUCCCAGCAGACACCCGUUACUGAUCCACUGGCAGCUACUCUUCCCGAUGCCUCAGAAUUUGACAUCAGGUUUGGGGAGGGGGGCAAAAGGCAAAUAAUACCCCAGCCAGAGGUUUGGCACUCUUUUAAAAUGAAGAGUUAACUGCUAGUUAGGGGACAGGUAAAAUCUGGUGCUUGGAAGGGCCUUGUAGUUUUCUGCAACUUUUGUGACACUAAUACAAAUACUUGAAUGUUGUCUCAUAGAAAGGAGAUGGCACAUGUGUUAUAGGCCUUAUAUAUCUGCCUAUGGUGGGAAUAAGGGUAGGCAUUAACCUUUUCCUAUUGACCUAUGGGUACACUGGCAGUCCAGCCUGACCCCGCAUUGGCACAUUUACUACUGAUCUCCUCCCUGUGUUAAAUGCCAGUCCAAAAGAAGAGGCAGCAAUGCGGUUUUGGGAUAUAUUUAUAUAUGUACACACACAACACUUGUCUAUUUGUUUUCUGCUAUAAGACCUUCCAUCAAUCAGACAGACUGUUUUUUUUUUAUAGAAUACAGAAGAGUAAACCUUGAGAAACAUUAUAUAUUGCAAAUAAAAUAUAAAAGCAAAUUAAGAAAACA